ACUCUCUAUUAUGCAAUACUACUGUAUAAACUCCUCGCGUUAACUUUCUGACAGCACCAGUGGCGGAGUCAAAAUUUUCAUUGAGGGGUUUAGAAUUAAAUAUACGAAUUAGAUAAAGGGUUUCAAUAUCUAUUAUAUAUACAUAAAAAUAUUUUUAAUCAUAUAAAAAUAGUAUAAUGGGGUUCGGAUGACCCCCUGAAAUGUAUGUGGCUCCGCCACUGAACAACACCACCUCCCAUAUUUUCAUAUUUCUUCUUUGAAUAUCUAUAUAUUCAAAACUUCUCUUAAUCAUAUUAUUAUGGAGACAGAAAGCUACAUGGAUGGAGGAGCUGAAAAAGAAGUCGAAGUGGCUAACAAGCAAAGCAUAAGAUGGACAGACUCUGGCUUGAGAUUUUUGGCAUUUGUACUAACACUUGUUGCUGCCAUUGUUGUUGGAGUUAGCAAACAGAAUGCGCUUGUUCCCGUCCAGUUGGUCCCUACAUUGCCGCCCAUCAAUGUUCCGGCCUCCGCUAAGUGGGAUCACAUGUCCGCCUUUGUGUACUUUUUGGUGGUGAAUGCAAUAGCAUGUGCAUAUGCAAUUAUAUCCUUAGUCCUUUCAUUGGCAAAUAAGGGAAAAAGGAAAGGCCUCUCCCUAAUAAUCAUUCUCUCGGACCUCAUCAUGGUAGCGCUUCUCUAUUCUGGUGUCGGAGCCGCUGUGGCCGUUGGCCUCAUCGGAUACAAAGGGAAUUCCCACGUCCGGUGGAACAAGGUGUGUGACAUCUUUGGUAAAUUCUGUGGACAAGUUGCAGCGGGCAUUGCCAUUUCCCUCAUUGGUUCUAUAUUGUUCACUUUGUUGGUGUUAUUUGCUCUAUUGAACCUCCAUAAUAUCAGACGUCAUUAGUAAGCUGAUUUGAACAUUACAGCUAGAAAGUAUUUUAUUCGUAAAAUAGCUUUUCCACAUAUGAAGCUUUAAAUUGUAAUGACUAGGCUAUGGUGUUUUCUUUAAUUUAACACGUGCGUACUUGAUAUCAUUUGUUGUAAACCUCUGUGUGUUGAAUUUCUCUUUUCAGUAUAUACAGUAGCUUCUUUGAAUUUGUUUA